AGGCCUAUUGGGAGUCAGGUUCUCAAAGACUGUUGUUUGGUCACCACUUAUAAAUUGAUCACUGCUUUAGUUGCACUGUUCAGUCCACAAGUGCUUCACCCAGAUGAUGGGUCAAGACUUCUUCCAAAUUAUGAUAAGAAUAAUUGCAGGAGCCCUGGUUUCAUUAGCCCUCUCAUCUGGGAUGACUAUCGACCGAAGGGGGUUCCUAGUACCUCCACCCCCUGGCUCUCCUGAUAGUCCCAUUCCUCCUGAUGACUACUUUGAGGACUCUGAUACACAUAACAACCACAUACCUAUGUAUGCCUAUGAUAAUUAUCCUUUAGCAAAAGGAGGCAAUCCCAUAGCCAGAGGAGGUCAGAUGAUGCAAAACGAUGACUCAUUAAUUGGAUACCCUUUACCCAUGCUACCAAUCCUGCCUGAUAGAUAUCCCAUUUUACCGAAACCUCCGUCUGGGAACAAAACUCAAGGAUCUCGUACUGUGCCUUCGGGACAAAAACCCGACCUUUUGUACUGUGACAUGCUCCUUGAGGCACCAGUGCCUCCACCUGCAGAUCAAACACCCUGGUUUUGUGUUUGCUCACAUUGUAAAGAGGGUCCCAGUGGUCCAAAGGGGGACAAAGGAGAUAGGGGAAUGCCAGAUCUUCCCGGUAGUCCAGGAAUAAGAGGCUUGCCAGGAUUUCAAGGUCGCCGAGGGUUUAAUGGUCAUCAGGGACCAAAGGGCCAAAUGGGUGAUAUUGGUGAAAAAGGAGAUCUGGGUCCAUUUGGCUUUAAAGGACUCAAAGGACAGAGAGGCCCCAAGGGUGAUAAAGGGGACAGCGGUGUGGAUGGAAAUCCAGGACAGCAGGGCUCACCUGGUGAGUCAGGGCAGUGUCCAGCAAUUUGUUACUCAAUCCAGGGACCUCCAGGAGAACAUGGCCAUCCUGGUAUGACAGGGGGAAGGGGACUUCCAGGGUUGGGAGGAAGUCUGGGGUCAAAGGGCCAGAAAGGGGAUUUGGGGGAUUAUGGUGCACAUGGAGCACCAGGUUUAAAUGGCCAGAAAGGAGAUCAGGGAGAAACAGGUGAGUGUCACUGCAACGAUGGGGUAGACGGUACAAAUGGAAUGAUCGGAAUUCCAGGACUAAAAGGUAGUAAAGGGGACAUUGGCCAACAAGGUGCAACAGGGGUAAAUGGACACCAGGGGCAAAAAGGGGAUCCUGGGGUAAUGGGUGCUCCUGGCCCUUGCUCUCUACCAAUUCAGUCUGCUUUUUUAGCGGCACUAAGCAGCAGUUAUCCACAGCCAAAUUUGCCUAUUCCUUUCACUAAUGUUUUUUACAACAGAGAAUUUAAUUUUGACCCAUUUAGAGGCAUCUACAGGGCUUCCAUCAAUGGUACCUAUGUCAUUAACUACCACUUGGUUGUCUUCAGUAAACUGCUCAAAGUGGGGCUCUUCCACAACUUCAAACCUAUCGUCAAAAGUACAGGGUCAAUAGAUCUUGGAACAACUUCUCAACAGGUGGUCCUGCAUCUUAAAAUGGGUGAUGAAGUUUGGCUACAGGUGAGAGAUAUCGAUUCCAAUGGUAUGUAUUCCAAUAGUGAGUGCAGCAGUACUUUCUCUGGCUUCCUGCUCUACCCAGACAACUGUGAUAUGCCAAUGUCACGUAAUUUACCAGAACCUAUAAGCGGAAUAUACAGCUGGGGUGAACUAGAAGAACCUACUACCACUCGUGCCCCAGAUGUCCAUCCUUGAUGUGACCUCCCUAGCAUAUUUGGUAAAUUCUAAGUAAAUAUAGUAGGAGUAAUAAUAAUAAAUAUUUGGACAGUCAGAUAUGUAGUCCUUAAGUAAAGAUAUUGAAAGGUAAGCUUUUUAAAGUAAUGCACAUAUCACGUUAUAUUAAAUGGAUACUACAUUUGUGCAGUAUCGGUGAACAUUAUAAUUAUAUUCAAAUAUGUGUGUUAUGGGGGGUAUUGCCUGUGCUACCUCACGUUUUCAACAUAUCAUUACAGAAAAAAAAUAUGUUUUUCCUUUUGUACAAGUGUAAACUGUCUCCUGUUUACCUGCUCAUGCAAUGCUAAUACUGUUGAAUUAUGUCUGCUGAAAUGACAGCAAAACAUACGCAAAUUUUAAAAAUAUGCAUGCAUUAACAGAUGCAUCUUUUUAAUUAACUUUAUAUUUAUGAUGUAUAAUUAAAAUCUGAAAGAUAGAGAGUAACAAACAAAUGAUCUAGAUGAGCUGCUCAGCUGCAGUUGAUUGAAGCUAAUAGAAGCUUAAUGUGAUCAAUAGGGGUACAAAAAGUUAUUGUAAACAACAGUAAGCAAGCUAACUGCUGGUAAAAUAAGAUAUUAACAGAUUAAUCCUUGGAUCAUUGUGCAUAGAGAAAAUAAAGAUAUUUGUGAUUUUAUUUGGAACAGUCAGUUGACAAUCAACUUUAUCUGAGAAACGAUGAAAUUACAUAUCAUUAUUGAGAUUAAUAUAAAAAAGUAUUCAGUUAUUUUGUUCUGCAUUGACCUUUAUUGAACAUCUGUUUUCAAUAACUAUGGAUAAAAUACAUUUGUCCUUGCACCUUGCCUGUAGUGUGUAAUGUUGAAAUUCAUAUGGAUGUACUUGGAAAAAAGAACCAGUUACAGAAAUUGAAUUUGUAUGAACA